ACUAUUUACAAACGUUAUAGGUGAAAACAUACAGUUUUAUCCGGAUAAUACUCAUUUGAUUGGCGUCGAUCGAAAUGUGAAAUUAGCUGAAUAUCUAAUUAAAGGAAACCGUUCUUGGCAAUUUUCGCACAUUAUAAUCGAACGCUUGAUAGUGGGAGACGGUAGUUCUUUACAAAAUGUGCCCACAGGAUAUGUAGAUGCAGUUGUGACAACAAGAGCAUUGUGUUCAGUAACGUCAAUACAGUCAACACUCCGUGAGAUUCACAGAGUACUAGCACCGGGAGGUCAAUACUUGUUCAUAGAACACAUACUUGAAAAUGAAGGAACAUUUAUACGAUGGCUACAAAUAGCAUUAUCGCAGACACGAGUAUGGCCUUCGUUGUUUGGCGGUUGUCAUCUGGACGUUGAUCCUAUUAUACAAAUUCAGAACACUGGUUUUAAUCAUCUGACGUGGAACACGUUUGCUCUCCAUGGUUACGUAUCGCAAACUUUUCACCUAGCUCUUUCAAGACAACAUGUACUGGGAGUUGCAGUUCGAUGA